ACCUGUCACCAGUUGUCACAGAUUUCCUUUCGUCAAGCAUUUCAUACGUUUCGUAUGCGGUUAGUUGUAUUUAAUUUGUAUUUUUACUUAAAAUCUAUGUUUUAGAUAUGAAAGUGCAUGGUGUUUGUGUUAUGAAAAACGGGCGUUAAGUGACUUUGGUGUUGUGUUCACGUUUAAAAUAUGGAGGCCCCCCCAAUGGACACAGUUUAUCAGGCCAUCAGUGCCUUGUACGACAACCCAGAUGCAAGUGAAAAGGAAAAGGCAUCUCUUUGGCUUGGAGAUGUUCAAAAAUCUAUUCACUCAUGGAAGAUAGCAGACGAUUUGCUGCAUCAGAAAAAAGAUAUCCAAUCGACUUAUUUUGCUGCCCAAACAAUGAGAUCCAAAGUACAGAACAACCUCUCAGAAUUGCCACCAGAGGCCAUCAUAUCGCUCAGGGACUCCUUAGUGUCUCACCUGGAGGGAAUGCCGCCCGACACUAGUUCAGCCAUCCUCACACAGCUUUGUCUGGCUCUAGCAGACUUGGCUCUACAAUUACCUUCAUGGGAAAACUGCAUAAGUGAACUAAUAAAAACAUUUUCUAACAAAAAUGACUAUGCCCUAUUAGAAAUACUGACUGUGCUUCCUCAAGAAAUCGAUUCAUCAAAACUGAAACUGGGAGAAAACAGACGGGAAGACAUAAAACAAGAGUUAAGGUCUAACAGUCAAAAUGUAAACUUAUUUUUAAAAGAAAGUAUUGUUAAUUCUCCAAAUACACAUGUAGGACUAAGAAUUAUUAAAUGUCUAACGUCUUGGAUACAAGUUGGAGCUAUUGAUAUGCAAGAAAUACCUCAGAAUGCAGUUAUUGGGUUUUGUUUACAAGUUUUAAGGGAUCACAAUUCAAUAAAUAUUUUGCACGAUGCCGCUUGUGACUGUGUUUGUUCAUUACUGCACUGGUUAGAGGAUAGUAGUCAUGAUGAAGUGGAGAAACUGAUGUUUGACAGUCUGUCAGCGCUUGAAGACAGUUACCACUUGGCCGUGGCUCAUGAGGAGGAGGAGAAGGCAUCCAACUAUGCUAAAGUGUUUACAGAAUUAGGUGAAACAUUCUUAACAAAAAUUAUUGAUGCUGUGUCUAAUGGGAAUACUCACUUUGCUAUGAGGUCACUUGAGUUGGCUCUUGUAUGUGUGGGACACCAUGAUUAUGAGGUGGCAGAAGUAACUUUCAACCUAUGGUACAAGCUCUCUGAUGAUGUUUAUCAAAGGGACUAUCAGCCAUUGACAGAUGCGUUCAAGCCUCACAUAGAAAGGCUAAUCGAAGGCCUCGCCAGGCAUUGCCAAUGUGAGCCAGACCAGAGUACACUACCAGAUGAAGGUGAUGAUUUCUUUGAAUUCCGCAUCAAGGUGAUGGGCCUGAUCAAGGAUGUGGUGUUCAUCGUGGGCUCCAGCGCGGUAUUCCGGCAGAUGUUCGCGGCGCUCCACGCAGACAUCUCCUGGGAGCAGACCGAGGCGGCGCUGUUCAUCAUGCAGUCGGUCGCCAAGAAUAUACUGCCCGAGGAGUACGAGUACGUGCCGAAGGUGGUGGAAGCUAUUCUAUCGAUGCCUGACGACACGCACCCGGGCGUUCGCAAGACUUGCAUCCUGCUGCUGGGCGAGCUGUGCGAGUGGAUCGAGCAGCACCCCGAGGCGCUGGAGCCCAGCCUGCGCGUGCUGGUGCGCGCCGUGCACGACGACAAGCUGGCCUACGCCGCGGCGCUGGCCUUGCAGAACAUCUGCAAGGCCUGCCGGGUGCAGGCGGCGUCGCACGCGAUGUCGCUGCUAGAAGCCACACGCGACUCGGAAAAGCUGAACCUGCCGCUGCCGGCCGCCGCGGCGCUCGCGCGAGCCCUCGCCUCCGCGCUCGGCGGCCUGCCGCCCGACCAGCUCAGCGUGGCCAUGCGGGAAGCGGUGAGCAUGCAGCUGGCGCCGCUGCAGGCGACGCUGAAGUCGGACGCGGCGCUGCAGAAGGGCACGAGCUCGGACCCGGUCAGCAGCCUGGACAAGAUCGCGGCGCUGUUCCGCGACAUCAAGGCGCCGGCGCCGCGACACGACGACGUCGCGCUCGCCUGCCUGCCCGCGCUCGCCGACGCCUGGCCCGUCAUACGCGACGUCAUGCAGAAAUACAACACCGACGGCCGCAUAAUGGAGCGGUCAACGCGCGCGUUACGCUUCGCCGUCCGCUGCGUGGGACGGAACGCUGCGGCCUUACUUCCACCGCUCGCAGUACACAUGGCGUCACUAUACAUGACUGCGGCACACAGCUGCCUGUUGUACCUGGCUUCAGUGUUACUUGAUGAGCUGGCCGCGGCGCCGGGGUGCGCGCCCGCGCUCGUGCAACUUCUGCAAGACCUCAUGCCGCGCGCCUUCAACCUGCUACAGGUGCCCAACGGAAUGCAAGACAACCCGGACACUAUUGAUGAUCUGUUCCGGCUUUGUAUCAGGUUCUUGCAGCGUAUCCCACUGGAGUUCUUAUCAUGCGGCGCGGCGGGCGCGGUGGUGCAGUGCGCCAACCUGGCCUGCAAGCUGGACCACCGCGAGGCCAACUCCUCCGUCAUGAAGUUCCUCUACGACUUCGUGUCUGCCGCCAAUAGGGGCAAGGACCAGGUCAAAGUGCUGGCCAACGAGCUCCUAGACCUGUAUGGGGCAGAGAUGACGUACGCGCUGCUGGAAGCGGCCGUGCUGCACCUGCACGCCUACAUGCUGGCCGAGGUGGCCGAGGUGCUGCUGGAGCUGACGAGCGCGCGCGGCGGCGCCUGGCUGCAGGCCGCGCUCGCCCGCCUGCCCGCGCGCCCGGCCGCCGCCACGCCGCAGCAGUGCUGGCAGUUCCACCAGUACGCCGUCAGGGCAGAGAAGUGCAAAGAGAUGACCCGGCUGCUUCGCGACUUCGCGCGGCUGUACCGAUAGCCGCCAGGCGCCCGACUGAACCUCAGCCGCUACUGAACAAUAAGACAAACUAAUUAUAUCCGAACUAGACUCUUACUCUUAGACUUCUUACUUCUUCCAUAUUAUCCUACCUAAGUGUAGCCGAGUGAAACAAAAAAUCUCAUAUCAAAUGCGAAAUGUUUCGCAUAAUUAAAAGUUGAUUCAUUUCUUCCCAUCUCAAAAUUCAAUUAAAAGAGUUAUUUUAA